AAUGAAAUGAAAUACGAAGUGACGUGAAGAACCGAGGAUGCACAUUUACAUUUUUUAUACUCUUUUAUUUUACAUUUAAAAUAUUAACUUAAGACUGUGUUUGUGUUGUUCGUCAUUAUGGAAAGUAUUUGUGAAGAUCGUGAAAAUUUGAAAGAAUUUCUCGAAGAAGCUGAGCUUGAGCAGUAUUAUGAGCUCUUCAGGGAUAUUUUGAAAGUCAGCAAAGUUUCACAAUUGAAAUUUGUGGUAACAGAAGACCUGGGCCAAAUAGGACUGUCUAAGCCUGAACAGAGACGCUACAAAAAGAUUUAUUCAAAGUACUUCCCAAAUCCAUACAUAUCUAAAAUAAGGAAACUUCUCAGCACUAAUAAAAAACAUGAUCCAUUCUCCCAAGGCCACAGUUCCCUGCCAUUGGACUUCCAGCCAUUUUGCGAGAGCAACGUCAAAGUUCCUACUAAGCACAUUAUAUCUAUUGAGGACAUCACCAUCAACAAGGAGUUGGGGAUGGGUCAGUUUGGUGUGGUCCAGCAGGGCACGUGGAACACUGGUAGUCAGAGGUUGCAAGUGGCGAUAAAAUGCCUAGGUCACGAGCGUAUGACGUCAAACUCCACGGAAUUCCUAAAGGAAGCGGCGGUGAUGCACAGUAUAGAGCACGCAAACAUUGUCCGCUUGUACGGAGUCGUCUUGCAUCUCGACUCUUUGAUGUUGGUGACAGAGUUGGCCCCGCUCCGUUCACUGUUGGAGUGUCUCAGGGAGGUGUCCCUCAGGCCUAACUUCCCGGUGCCGAACCUGUGCGAGUUCGCGGAACAGAUCUGUGAUGGCAUGACUUAUCUUGAAAACAAAAGACUGAUUCAUAGGGACUUAGCAGCAAGGAAUAUUUUAGUGUUUAGCAAGGAUAGGGUGAAGAUAUCAGACUUCGGACUGUCCCGGGCCCUCGGCGUCGGGAAGGAUUACUACCAGACUAAUUACAAUGUGAAUCUCAAACUACCUGUUGCCUGGUGCGCCCCGGAAUGUAUAUUGUACCUGAAGUUUACAUCAGCGAGUGAUGUCUGGGCUUUUGGCGUGUGCCUGUGGGAGAUGUUUACGUAUGGCUUCCAACCCUGGGCCGCGUUUUCUGGACAGCAAAUACUAGAGGCUAUCGAUGCUCCCAACUUCCAGAGAUUGGAAAGACCGGAGUGCUGCCCCGAAGCGUAUUACACGACGAUGUUGGAAUGUUGGUCGCAAGACUCCAACGACAGGCCAAAGUUCAAAGACUUGGGGCCUAAACUGAGGGAAAUAAGGCCGGAACAGGUGCAAGCGACAAUGAAUUUUCAAAAGCCGGAAGAUGGGAGACGCAGUAACUUUCUUGAUUAUAAGUCUGGUCAAUUGAUUACUGUUAUUGGGAAAGAAAACAUGACUAAAUGCUCUAUGUGGUACGGCGUUCUUCCGGGCGGGGCUUGUGGCUUGUUUGACCCCGCGCAGACAAAACCUUACGUCAAAGAGCCGCCUCGCCAAAUCGUGACGCCAUACAAACCUUCGGAGGACUUGGAACAAGUGCCGCUGAUCAAUCCGAACUCGCCCUCCCAUCUCAGCGGGGCCACGUGCACGCCGCCUUACCCUCUGCUCAGCCCCAGGCACUCCAACCGGGACUGUGAUGAGGUGGAUCUGCCAUAUCCCGAGACGAGAAAUAAGAGCCUUAAGAAAUGUCACAAGUCCAUUUCAGAGCCAACCACGAGUAAAAGUCUGUUGAAUAAGGUGAAAUGUGCAACUUUGGGGCGUUCAAAUAAGACUGAUGACUCAUCGUACAAAGCUGAUGAGGUGCACGAGUAUCAUGAAAUAUCGGACACCGAUACUGAGAGUACAGCCACAGAUCAUGCAAGGCCGGAGAACUUAGUAUUACCGGAGAGUCCUGGCAUUCCGAAAGCUUACGCGGAUUUUAGUCAAAGUUUGUUAGACGAAAUGGAACUUAUGUUUCGAAGCUUGGACGGUCGGCGGAAAGAUGAAUAUGGAUCAUCAAGUAAACCUUUUGACAUCGACAGCGCUAUAAGGUCUCACACGUUGAAUAAGUUGGAGAGGAAAAAGGGUAACCAUACAGGUACCAUGAAGCCCAUGUCAGCUCACGAUGAGAAGACCCUGGACACGGCAGUAGCUAUGGCCAAUGAAAUUACAACCAAGUCUAUGAACGACUUGGACGGCGACAACAAACUACCCAAUUCGCCCAGCGACAAGUCCAAGUUCCACUUCAAGUUUCCACUGGUGUCUCUCCACCAUAACGCCGUCAACGACGCUGAUAAAGAAGCAGCUGCUAAACAAGAGCGGCGUAAUUUCAGCGAGGAAGCGAAUAGUGUUCCAGACAUUCAGUCAACAAUAACAGAAGAAAGCAAGUUGGCGUACACGAGCCUCAUAGAGCAGCCGACGCCGUCGUCCUCUCUCAUAACGACCAUGCAAGAGGCCGCUUUGAAAACAUCCACCAUUCCAAAACCCACACCAAGAAUGUUGGAUUCGAGACCUCAGUUCCAUUCGCUGCAGAAACAGCUGUCUUAUCGUACCAGACAACAUUCGGCUGGCGAAAUUGAGCGGGACAUGAAAGUGGGACCUCAAAACGAGCUACCACUACCGCCCAGAACGAACAAGACAAAACUAGUCGACAAGCCGAGGCACAUCAGGAGGUACCCUCUGAAACUGCCCACAAAGGAACCGCCCACUUCCAACCAACCAAUCAUAUACCAGAACACGUUUCUAAUGGAAAACCAUGAUAAAGAUAACGGAGUAGAUGUCUUUGAUGGGGUGGAGAAGAAAGAUACUAACCCGUUUAAGAACGCGUCGGUAAAUCCGUUCAAUUGCUAUUUGAAGAAGCCUGAAGAUGAGAAAGUUGAGGAACAUAAGUAUUUCGAAGAAGGAUUGUUAGUGAAAGAUUGCACCGACCACGUGUCCGUAGAAGAUCUCCUAGAGUUUGCGGAUCAGAAGCCGUGUGGCAGGCAGCGCGGCGUUGAGUCAGACGAAGUGAGAAUCAUGUGCAAGGUGCUCAAACAACAGGUGACACCAGAGCAAUGUCUCGAAGCCCUAGAACUGAGCGAUUGGAACGUGCAUCACGGCAUCAAAUUGAUGCGAGUGAAGUUAGCCGUAGGAAACUGCGAGUUGGCAGCUUGUGGCGCUGAAUUGGUUAAUUCUGGCGGCGAUAUUGCUAAGGCGUGUGCUAGACUUGUGCUUAAUAUUGAUAAUAAAAUAUAA